AUGAAGUCCAUCCUCUCACUCGGCACGGUCACUGCCCUCUGGACCGCUUCCAAUGUCGUCGCUCUGACAAGAUCAUCCGAGGGCUGCUUUAGUUCGAGCACGGGUUUGAUAUUCAAUGGAACCUCCAACUUCAACUCGGUCGGAUCCUGUGGAGAUGCCUGCUAUGAAAAGCAAUUUCCCGUGAUGGCCAUGACCAACUCAACCUACUGCUUCUGUAGUGAAACUCUGCCCCCUGUGGAAGCGAAUGUAGCUCCAUCAAAAUGCACUACGGCGUGUCCGGGGUAUCCUGAUGAUACCUGUGGUGCCCGUGGACAUUGGAGUGUAUACCUGACCGGAUUAACGCUCGAGGUGACAAACGCAGAACCGUCGGAGGAGGAUAUGGAGAGCAAUACAUCAUCAAAACCAGCAGCAACGCAAUCCGCCCCAGCUAACAAGGCCACCUCCGUCAAGCCAGCCGUCGUGACGCAAGGAGGAGUGACUAUAGUCGUGACAGCUGGCGGCGAUUCAACAUCAGUCCCCGUCUCGACGCCGCCUUCGGAAAAAUCGGGCGGGGGCUCAAAUACAGCGGCCAUCGCUGCAGGCGUCGUUAUCGGUGUCCUCGUGAUCGCGGGAAUAUUGGGAGGUCUAUUCUUUUUUAUGCGUCACCGCAAGAGACGAGAUAUAGAAGAGGAGUACAAGCGAAACGCUGCUGUGAACAGCUUCAUUGCCGGGGGCAAACCGCCUACUAGCAGUGCAGGUGCUUCUUCUUUCACCGACACGCGUCUUGACCCAGCAGUCAUGGCACAACGGAGAGAGAGUAACGGUAGCAUCGCCGACAACCAAGAUUACUCGAGGAGAAUUCUCAAGGUUACCAACGCUUGA